CCUGAAGAGAGCGGAGCUCGUCGAGUUGCCAUUCAGCGUGUGAAGCUUGCUAUUCAGUGCUAAACGAAGUGUGAGAAAUCAAUUCUCAUUGUGUUGAAGAGUUUAUUCUUAGUGAAAAAAUCUAACAGAAAAUCUUCAAGAUGCCGGAAGCACCAGAAACCGAAACCUUCGCGUUCCAGGCUGAGAUCGCUCAGCUUAUGUCGCUGAUCAUCAACACGUUCUACUCGAACAAGGAAAUCUUCCUGCGUGAGUUGAUCUCGAACUCUUCCGAUGCCUUGGACAAGAUCCGCUACGAGUCGCUGACGGACCCCACCAAGCUGGACUCGGGCAAGGACCUGUUCAUCAAGAUCAUCCCGAACAAGGAAGCCGGUACGCUGACGCUCAUCGAUACCGGUAUCGGCAUGACGAAGGCGGAUCUGGUCAACAACCUCGGAACGAUCGCAAAGUCUGGCACCAAGGCAUUCAUGGAGGCGCUUCAGGCCGGUGCCGAUAUCAGCAUGAUCGGUCAGUUUGGUGUCGGUUUCUACUCGGCUUAUCUGGUCGCCGAUAAGGUGGUGGUCACAUCCAAGCACAACGACGAUGAACAGUACGUGUGGGAAUCAUCGGCCGGAGGAUCGUUUACCGUGCGCUCGGAUGCCGGUGAGCCGCUGGGCCGCGGUACUAAGAUUGUGCUGCACAUCAAGGAGGAUCAGCUGGAGUAUCUAGAGGAGAGCAAGGUCAAGCAGAUCGUAAACAAACACUCGCAGUUCAUCGGCUAUCCGAUCAAGCUGCUGGUGGAGAAGGAACGCGAAAAGGAGGUGAGCGACGAUGAGGCCGAAGAAGAAAAGAAGGAAGAGGAAAAGAAGGACGACGAGCCUAAGCUGGAGGAUGCUGAAGAUGAUGAGGACAAAAAGGACAAGAAGAAGAAAACGGUGAAGGUGAAAUACACCGAGGAUGAGGAGCUGAACAAAACGAAGCCGAUCUGGACUCGCAAUGCGGACGAUAUCUCGCAGGAAGAAUACGGAGAGUUCUACAAGUCCCUGACGAACGAUUGGGAGGACCAUCUGGCCGUGAAGCACUUCUCGGUCGAGGGUCAGCUGGACUUCCGGGCACUCCUGUUCGUUCCGCGUCGUAUGCCGUUCGAUCUCUUCGAGAACAAGAAGAAGAAGAACAACAUCAAACUGUAUGUGCGCCGAGUGUUCAUCAUGGACAACUGCGAGGAGCUGAUUCCGGACUAUCUGAACUUCAUCAAGGGUGUGGUAGACUCGGAAGAUCUCCCGCUGAACAUUUCCCGUGAGAUGUUGCAACAGAAUAAGAUCCUGAAGGUGAUCCGCAAGAAUCUGGUGAAGAAGUGCAUGGAGCUGUUCGAGGAACUGGCCGAGGACAAAGAGACCUACAAGAAGUUCUACGAUCAGUUCAGCAAGAACCUGAAGCUGGGUGUGCACGAGGACAGCCAGAACCGUCAGAAGUUGGCCGAUCUGCUGCGCUUUAACACGUCCGCAUCGGGCGAUGAGUACUGCUCGCUGAACGAUUACGUUGGGCGCAUGAAGGAGAACCAAAGUCAGAUCUACUUCAUUACGGGCGAGAACAUCGAGCAGGUGAAGAACUCGGCGUUCGUGGAGCGUGUGAAGAAGCGUGGCUUCGAAGUGAUCUACAUGACGGAAGCUAUCGACGAGUACGUCAUCCAGCAGCUGAAGGAGUACAAGGGCAAGCAGCUGGUCUGCGUGACCAAGGAGGGUCUGGAGCUGCCGGAGGAUGAGGCUGAGAAGAAGAAGCGCGAAGAAGACAAGGCCAAGUUCGAGAACCUGUGCAAGGUGAUGAAAUCGGUGCUGGAGAGCAAGGUGGAGAAGGUGGUCGUCUCCAACCGAUUGGUGGACUCUCCCUGCUGUAUCGUCACGUCGCAGUAUGGUUGGUCGGCCAACAUGGAGCGCAUCAUGAAGGCGCAGGCCCUGCGCGACUCGUCUGCCAUGGGCUACAUGGCCGGCAAGAAGCAUCUGGAGAUUAAUCCCGACCAUGCCAUCAUCGAGACGCUGCGUCAACGUGCCGAUGACGAUAAAAACGAUAAGGCCGUCAAGGAUCUGGUGAUCCUGCUGUUCGAGACUGCUCUGCUGUCGUCCGGAUUCUCGCUGGAUGAGCCCGGAACCCACGCCGCGCGCAUCUACCGCAUGGUCAAGCUUGGCCUGGGCAUCGAUGAGGACGAGCCGAUGACGACGGAUGAUGCCGGAGUUGCCCCGGCGCCCUCAACCGCUGCCGGCGAUGCGCCUCCGCUCGUUGACGACUCCGAGGAUCUCUCGCACAUGGAGGAAGUCGAUUAAAUCGGCACGCUCUGUGACUUGCAUUAUACGGAGGAGCUCUUUUCCGCUCAAUCCAUUAGCGAUAUAAAAACAAAAACCACGCCAGUCUCUAGGUUUACUUACAAAUGCGAUUCCAAAGGCUGAAAUUCUUUGAACCUAAUAUGCAACAAAAAUAGGAUUUUGAUAAGUGAUGGUACCUACUCUAACCCACGGGAGAUGAAUUGCACCAGCAAUAGCAGCAUUGGAAAGUUAGUGCUGACAGAAGGAGAACUUAUAAUAUUCCGAUUAGUAUUAUCGCGAUGUGUUAUUGUUGUUGCGAUUCAUUAUCUGUAACUUGUUUGUAUCUUACUAUUAAAACGGUUUUAAGUUCAACCGCGUUAUAGCGGAAUAUCAACGUCAAAUAAAGAGAAUUACA